GGAAGUGAAUGGCUGUCUGGGAACUUGAUUAAAAAAUCAUCAAAAUUUGGUCCGUGAUAUCAAUUAUUCGUGUAAGUUUGUUCCUGCUCCUCGAUUAAUUUGGAGAAAUUGGAUGCGCUAUGCAGUAUCUACUCUUGUCCAGAUCGAGGACUGGCGUGAGACUAGAGAAAAGGUAACUCCCAUUAUUGUAGCCACUUUUCAGGAGGCCACGAAAAAAUAAAGAUGCUUCCUCCGGCGCGCCGCAACACCAGCGAUGACGCACCCGCGGCAGCCCCAUCGCCCCUGCGCGUACUCUUGAUGGGCUCUGUUCAGGGUCGAGUGCGGCAGCUGCAUGCCACCCUGGAGAAGUACCGCGCAAAGCAGAAAAUUUUUGAUGUGGUUUUCUGCGUUGGUCAAUUUACGUCGGAUGACAUGGACAUGGAUGGCGACCUGGACUUCACGGAGUGUGGCCCGGUCUAUUUCACGGACAGCGGUCCGGCGGUGCAAGCUCUGGUAGAUGAGGGCGACGAUGAGAUUUUGCCGGGCUUAAAUUUCCUGGGUCACAGUGGCGUCACGGAGCUGAUGGUGAAGCGGAAAAAAGAUCCAGCAACUCUGACAUCAACCGGAGGUGGGGCCACAUCUUCAAGCACUCAUACCAAUCCUGAAGUUGUGAAGCUCAAGGUUGGUUUUCUUAGCGGAAUCAGUCUGCUUCGGCGUGCCUUCCUUGAGGAGCCCGACGAGGAAAUCUUGCUUGACGCAGAGACGGAACGAAAACAGAAAGAGGCUUUUGAAGAGCGUGUACUUUCCUAUUUUCAAUCUGAUGAACUGUUCGUGGACGGAUGCUACACAAAACUAUGCGUUGAUCGUUUGCGUGAAGAGAUAGAGCUGGAAAAUGGGUCAAGUUUCGGAGGCGCUGGUGCUGGCGUAGUUGGAGGUGGUGCUGGUAGCAAUUCGACUUUGACUUCCAAAGCCUCACCAGGAGCGACGAGCCACUUGAUGCCAUCUGGUGCCAAUGCGUUGAAUAAACCCGGUGCCAACGGCGCAUCCUUGUCUGGCUUUCGUGCGGCUGGGACUCUGAGUUCCACUACCGGAAACGGCACAGGAGCAAUUGCACCGCGGUCCGCUUCGGGCUUGCCUGGGAGCUUAGCUGAUGCCAGCCGUCACGGACUGGACAUUUUUCUCUGCGCUGAGGGCUGUUUUGGACGCGAAGUUUUCGACCGGAAUCGCGCCCUGAUCGACUUGCAUAUGCCCAAGCGCGUCGAGGGUGUCGCCGCUAAGGAGACUCCGUGGCCGCGACUCGGCGAGUACUACUCGCAUACCAUAGAUGAUCCGACCUCGCGACCUGCGCCGAAGUUCCGAAAACAGCAACCAAAGGAUGCUGCGAAGAACAAGGGGCCGGCGCGUCCACUGGAGGUCGCGACCGCAGCUGAUGUGCAGGGUCGCCUCGACGAAAUUCGAGAGUUGGACAUCAUCCGUGGCCUGUUGGAACUCUCAGAACCACGCUAUUUCCUGUGCUCGACAGAUGCCAAUGUCCUGCACGACGAGGCAGCAGAGGACGCAGAUGAAGAGGAGGAUCAAGAUAAUCCAGAUGAGCAGGGAGACUUGAUGAAGACUUCCACUGUGAAUCAAAUAAGCAGCGCUGCUGUCGAUGUAGAUCCAAAAAAGAAAGGGAUCGAAGUCCAAGAUGCUGCGAAGGAAGUCGUCGAAGCAGCCAAUGCUAGCACAGCAGCAUCGCGUAGUAUUGCUGACACUGCCCCUGGAGGUGUAGUUACUAGUAAUAUGGCUGCUGAGGGUAGAGCCAACGCCAACCAAUCAGAAGACGGAAAACAUCUUCUCCAGCAGGGGAAUACUAAAGUUGGGAAUGCAAGUGUGAACAAAGACCUUCAAAAAAGCGAGUCCAAUCAGCAAAGGAAACCGUCUGCAAAUGGUGGGAAAAAUGCUCCCGCAGACUCUGAAAUGUCUUCGGACGAGGAAAAUUUCGAUGCGCCCUGGGACCUUCCUGUCCUGCCGGAAGACGAGGUGGAGCCUAGAGAGAAACAAAGCUCGCCUCAGAUACAAUUAACUGCGACUAACAUCGAGCAUCUGCCGGUGAAGGACCAACUGCAAGAGCUGGAUGUGCUUCAAAUCGAACAACAUACGUCUUCGUUCGACUUCGAAAGAAAAGUCUCAACGACGUCCAGUUCAGGGGGAGCUGCGCCUGGUGGGGCGGCAGAGAAAGGCAACACUGACGCGGGUGCAAACGGGAUUGUCGCAGGGGCCUCCUCGCCAUCUGGCAUGUUCACAGGAGCACUCGGCGCAGAACAACAGGACUCACAUCAGAAUCAAGCAGCAGCAAUUCACGCUUCUAGCACCACUGACCACAUCAACUCGCAGCAUUUCCCCGCGAACAAAAUCAAGAGUGUGCCGAAACGCCGUAUUUUUAGUCGGAAGCAACUUGAUUUGAUGAAGUACCGACCUAGUUGGCAGUGCUCGCAGCGUGCAGUCGAAAUCGAUACCACAACAGUAGAGGACCGCACAUUGGUGCAGAGUCUCAUCGACUUCUCAGGCAUAACCGCUAACGCGAUUCGUGUCGGUUUCACCACGAAAAUCUUUGCGCUAGCAGACGCAGAGUUCUCUGAAACCAAAGCGACCAAAACAUCUUCAAGCGGCCAAGGUGAACAAACCACGUACAGUACCACAACAUCUUCAAGUACACCGACUUCCAGUAAACUAGAAAACGCUGAAACGGCUGUCCACGGUUUAUUGUUUACGCCAACGGCUGAUCUAGAGUUGCCAAAGUUCGCGGUUGAGUACUUUCGUAAUAGCACGCCAAACGCCUUCGCGGGACGCGAUGUAACGGCCAUAGAACUCGAAGCGACACGACGACGUCUAGAGCGAGAAAGGGAGCACAAAAAGCGAUUCGGAGCAUUUGCUUCCUCAGGAGGAGGGGAACCAGGAUCAGGAGAAGGCGAAGCAAUGUCUAGAGAAGAGAUGAUUCGAUGGAAAAAACGUUUCGGAUUAACAAGCAACGAUUUGGCUGCAGGACAUGAAAUCCUCGAUGCGAAACGACGAAAAUUGAACGAACCAAAGGAGAAGAAGGAAUACCGCAAAAGUCUCUAUCACAAUCAGCGUCCGUUAGAUAAGAAGAAACACGGAAAAGACUACUCAUCUAUGAGUUUCCGUGAAAGAGAACGUAAAUUUGCUGGAUAGAGGUUACACAAGCUGGACGUAUCUGAUGUUAUUGUCAACGCGAAGAUUUGGUAGGAGAACGCGAUUGAGCACCUUCUUCAACCCCGCACUUCGCAUCCACCGCCCGGACUACAAUUAUCCCGUAGUACUUCCCGCCCUGCGUAAUUUAGAACAACUACACACAACUAAGUACGACUAUCAUGAACUUCCCAUUAUGGAUUUUCGUAUCGGUAUGUGUCUUUGAUAUCUCAACAAGAACAGCA